AUGACUACAAACACGCCUAGAAAGUAUGGAAGAAAUUCAAAUGAUAUUAUAAACUUGAUCCCAGUCACUAUGUUUCUGCCCCCAUCAUUAUCCUGGGAUGGAAUGCUUAAGAUGUCAAGAGUUAGGAUUGAACUUUUUACAGAUAUGACCAUGCAUGAUUUUACCGAAAAAGCUAAGCGUGGCAGAAUAUCUAUGGCUUGUUAA